CCUUGGUCGCCUUAUCACAAUUAAUUAUUAAAAAUUCUUACAGAAGUAUCUUUAAUAAGCUUUAGAAGAUAACAGGAAUUAAUUUAAAACAUGCUACCUAUUUUCUGCAUUCCUUGAAUACCUUUAUAAGUUUACUCAACCAUAACCAUUAGCUCUGAUACCAUGAAAAAUAUGCUUGCCUCUUGGUUUUUCACCUGCCUUACCGUUUAGAUGUUGAUAAUGAUGUGACACACAAAUCUUUAAUCUUCUCUCUGUUUAAUAUAUAUUAUUAAUGAAAAUGUUUAUACUACGUCCUUUUAUUAGUUCAGUCAUCCAAUAUGAGCCAUGGUUUGGGUCCCAAUACAUUGAAGAAGAUAUUUCACCAUCUCUUCUCAAGCUUUAGAAAAUCCAUCUGAAAUUACCCCGUCUUUGCAUUUAUUUUCGAAGAAUGACUUCAUCCCUCAUGAUGCUUCGAAAUUUUAAUAUGCCAAAAAUCCUAUCAAAUAUUAGUUUCCCUCAGUGUAUUAUUGACAGUCCAUUACUGAAACUUUGGUAUAAGAUGGACACAACAUGCAAUGUGUCCCGUGCAAAUGCGUAUUUUUGCUAUUCAUAGUCAAAGAAGGAUAAGUUGAUCCAUUAUUUGUUUUAUUCCCUAAUUUUAAUUGUGCAGGCUGGAUUAGCUAAACUGGAAACUUCUUUGUCAUCAUUUGGUGGUGGUAAGCUUGUAUUGGGGCUGCAUGGUUUCAGUGACAAGCUACCAAUCUUGCUAUCAAAGAUAUUGAACUUUUGACCAGAACAUUUACGCCAAGCUAUUGAGGAGGAGACGGAGAAAAUUUUCAGAAGCUGCAAUAUGGCACCUUUCUUCUGGGAUGUGGACAAACUUUUCUGCCUCACGACUGUUACUUUUUCUGAUUUAAUUGGGUUUAUUCUAAGGCUUAUGUCUCAGGGAACCAGACCAGAUGGGUAGUAUGAAACUUACUGUCUUUUUUUUGUCCUCUUCUAGUCUUCUUAAUCUGCAGUCUGAUUAAUUGAAGAAUUCUCAAUUUACUAUCUAAUAGUACAGGAUGAACUCUGAUAUGCCUUUUUUAAAACCUGUUUGUUCUUACAACUAAAACUAUUAUAUUGUUUCAAUUAUAUAUUGAGGGCCUCUGCCAUGGAAAUUUAUCUGAAAAGGAGGCGAUUGACAUAUCAAAUAUGUUUAUUGAUGCCUUUUCUGUUGAACCUAUACCUGCAGAGUUGAGGGACAAGGAUUGUGUCAUUUGCCUUCCUGCUAAUAGUUGCAUGAUCAGAAGUUCUCCUUGAAUUGCUUUAUGUGUUUAUUCUGUUCGCAUCUACAGCUUUAUUUUCUAGUCGAACAAGAUGUGGGGAUUGAAUCCACUAGAUUGGAAGUCAUCAUUAAUCUUUUCAGCAAAAUUAUAGAAGAACCAUUCUUCCAUCAGCUUAGGACAAAGGUGCAGUUUGGUUACGUCGUUGACUGUGGCCCAAGGACGAUCUACCGUGUUUUGGGAUAUUGCUUUCGUGUUCAAUCCUCGGAAUAUAGUCCGAUACACUUGCAUGGCAGGAUAGACAACUUCAUCAAUGGCCUUCGAGAUUUACUGGAAUCUCUUGACGACAAAUCUUUUGAGAGCUAUAGAAGUGGACUUAUGGCAGAAAAGUUGGAGAAGGCUCCAUCACUUUUAUACGAGACAGCAAAUUAUUGGGAUGAAAUUGUGAAUAAAAGGUUUUCUCAUAAAUUCCUUCAUUUGCUGCAUAAUUUUGCUGUCAGCUCUACCUUUCACAUUAUUGCAACUUUAUUUCUCUGUAAUUUGUGCUCUUCGUCAGCUAGCACAGUUUAGUGACCA